AUGGCCGCCACCGUGAACGGUGUUGUUGACAGCGAAGAAAACUGUUCUAAAAAUGACAUUUGUGAUACGGAAUCAGUUACUUGUAACUCAUUAAAUUCCUCUAUUUCCUGUAAUGGACUGGGUGAUGAGUUUUCAGUGUCAUGGGGGUUCAACAUUAAUGAAUUAUUUGCAUUAGCAACUACUUUUUUAAAAGAGAAGGAAGGUAAAGCUUUUCACAUAUCCUACAAAGACAAAUUAUCCUUGGUUGCCUUUACCCAACAAGUGCUACAUGGAAAAUAUGUGGAAGAGAAAGCACCACCACUUGGAUAUUUGGAUGUGAUUGGAAGGGACAGAAGGCAAGCAUGGCAAGCAUUAGGUGAUAUGUCUGAAAAGGAUGCCAAAAAAGGUUUCAUAAAUUUAUUGAACAGUAUUUGCCCACUCUUCCGUCCAUUUGUGUUGGCUCACAAGUGUCACUUAGAAGAAUUGGAACGGAAAAGAAAAGAAGAGGAAGAAAUGAAAAGACUGGAAGAAGAAGAAGAGAGAAGGAUGCUGCUUGAAGAAGAAAAGUUGAAGUUAGAAGAAGAAGAGAAGCAAAGGUUAGAGAAAGAGAGACAAAAGCAAAGCCAUCAAAA